AUGAAGUCCAUCGAGAGACGAUUCCAGCUAGAUGCUGAGUUCAAGCGUCAGUACGUUUCUUUCAUGCACGAAUACAUAGAACUUGGUCACAUGAAAGAAGUGCCAGCUAAUCAGAUGCAAAAAAACAGCAGCGAGUGCUACUAUCUGCCGCACCACGCGGUACUAAAGAUCGAUAGUUUGACAAAAAAAAUACGCGUCGUAUUCGAUGGAUUGUGCGCUUCAUCGUCAGGAGUCUCGCUGAACGAUAGAUUAUUAGCGGGGCCGAACAACAAUUCUGACCUUUUCGCUGUGUCGUUGCGGUUCCGUGCUCACCGAGUGGCUUUUUGCGCAGACGUAGCCAAGAUGUACCGUCAGGUACUAGUGCAUCCAGCAGACCGUGACUUCCAACGUAUCGUUUUUCGAGAAGAACCGGACCAGCCAAUGACACACUACCUACUCUGUACUGUGACAUACGGCACGAAGACUGCUCCAUACUGGGCAAUAGAGUGCAUGAGAGAGGCAGCAAAACCAUUUGCAGCGAUGUACCCCCAAGCAGUAGAAUCCAUCAAGCUCGACUUUUACGUCGACGAUUUCCUGUCGGGUGCCGAUAAUGAAGAGGAAGCAAGUUGCCUGAUGCAUCAAGUAGUUGAAAUUCUUUCGUCUGCCGGUUUUAAACUACGCAAGUGGUCUUCCAACAACAAGAAUAUACUGCCAAAUAAUGGCCAGAACGAAGAUGAAUCUGUUCCGGUGAAAAUGUUGAACGACACCAAUGCUGUGAAGGCAUUAGGAAUCAACUGGUACCCUUCGGAGGAUGAGUAUGGGUUCAAGGUAAACUUUUCUCCGCUCAGCGACAACACAAAGCGCCAGAUGAUUGCAGAUUCAGCCAGACUAAUUCAACUUCACGGAUUUUCGGACGCCUCCGAGCAGGCGUAUGCAGCACUGAAUGGUGCAUUUUUGCUUACGGAGUUGAUGCAGCGUAUCACUGAAGGACUAUCUCAUCUAGCAAUUGAGCAUUGGGCGUGGACAGACUCAACCAUCGUUUUAAACUGGCUGUCUGCCCAUCCACGAAAAUGGAAGACUUACGUGGCAAACAGAACGUCUGCCAUACUGGAAUAUUUGCCACGCAGUUGCUGGAAUCACGUCAUCAGUAAUGACAGCCCGGCAGAUCUCGCAUCCCGCGGUCUCUCACCGGCCGAACUUGUUGGCAAUCCAUUGUGGUUCAUGGGAACACCGUGGUUGAAGGCCGAUCAAUGCGAGUGGAAGCUGUGUCCUGCUCCAGAUGGUCAAGACGAUGAUCUGCUAGAAACCAGACCUGUAAGAUCGCACCAUCUGGUUGCGACCUCGAUACAUUCCAACUAUGGCAUCGAAUUGCAGCUUUUAAAACGACGUUCCAGUUUUUCGUUGAUCAUCCGCACAUUGGCCUGGGUCAAUCGGUUCAUCUACAACCUCCGAUCAAUCGUAGCCGAUCGCCGAAGUUUGGAAUUGGUUCCAAUAGAACUACGUCAUGCUAAAUCACAGCUAAUUCUAGCUGUUCAGCACUCAGUAUAUGCACCAGAGCUGGAGUUGCUGUGGAAGGAUAAAUCGUUGCGUUUCAAGCAUGUGCUUUCUUUUCUUCAUACUUUCCUCGAAGACCAAGGCAUUAUGCGCUUGGGUGGCCGUCUUCAGAACUCUUCUCUUCCAAACGAUAUGAAGCAUCCCGUAAUAUUGCCACACAAUCACGAAGCAACUGUGCUACUUGUGCGUGAAUUACACUUGCGUAAUUUUCAUGCAGGACCGUCACUGCUAACAUCCACCAUUUAUCAGCAAUACUGGAUAGUAGGAUGUCAGACGGUGGUACGUAAGGUGGUGCAGGGCUGUACAAGAUGUGUGCGUCUCAAGGGAAAAACAGCUAGCCAGUUGAUGGGCAGCCUACCACCAGCGAGAGUGUUAGCUACACGAGCGUUCUCACAUGUCGGCGUGGAUUACGCUGGCCCUGUUAAGCUGAAGGCAACAUCUGUUCGAGGAGUGAAAAUCACCAAGGGAUACCUCGUGGUGUUUGUAUGCCUAUCAACCCGAGCCGUGCACCUAGAAGUGGCAAACGAUCUCUCUUCAGAUACUUUUCUUGGCUCUCUAAAGCGAUUUAUUUCUCGUCGUGGUUACCCUGUCGAAAUUCGGUCGGACAACGGAACCAAUUUCGUUGGUGCCGACCGCAAGUUGCGAGAACAUUUGGAUCAGAUCAUAUCACACAGCAAGGACGCUAGUCGCUAUCUUUCCAAUUUGGGGAUCAACUGA